UCGCCGGUAAACCCGUACGGAGGACUGCUGCCGAUAGCACAGCCAAGAGUCCGUUCCUGUACUCGGCCUUUGGUGUGAAGAAACAGAUCAAACAACUGUCCCAGUGGGUGGCAGAGGAGGUGGCAGAGGUGUCUCUAACACUGACCAACCUGUUUGAGUUUCCGCUGGUCUGUAAGGAUAUCAGUAUAGGUGUGUUGUAUGGGAUGUAG